AUCGAUAGCAAAUUUCUAGCCAUCCCUACUUUUCAAUUAAACGGCAUUUUUGUGCGCGUCACAUUAGAUAUCCAAGUUGUUUUGCUAUUUAUAACAAAUAUUAGCCGAAUUUUGUGAUCCAUAACAGGCGAAUAUACACGAGGACAAUGGAUACGCCGCGUCGCAAACUGCGCAACCUGCACAUGGAGAAUGUGCAAAACAAUAGCACACCGAUCCGAAUACCACCAUCACCGAUGCUAAAAACACUUGGUCAUGGCACCGGUGUUAGUGUAUAUCGCCUGGAUAGGUCACCAAAGCUGGGCCACAUACGUUCGCCUUGGGCCGUCAAACGAAUCACACAACGUACCAGGGCCAAAAAGGAUACGAUAUUCAAUGACCGUAUAAUACACGAAGCAGCCAUUUUGCGCAAACUGAAUCAUCCAAAUAUCGUUGGGUUUCGUGGCGUCAUUAAAUCGUCGGAGGGCGUAGAUGCACUGGCAUUGGAAAUGUGCAGCACAUCGUUGGGCUCCAUAUUGGAGGAGCGUCACGAUGAGGAUCUCGGACCAUUGCCCGCCAAACAUACAUUCAAAAUGAUCAUGGAUAUUGCUCAUGCACUUGACUUUCUGCACACAGAGGCGCGACUGCUGCACGGCGAUCUAAAGUCCUUCAAUGUCCUGGUCAAAGGAGAAUUUGAGAUCUGUAAACUAUGUGAUUUUGGUGUUAGCCUGCCCCUGGACGAGAAUGGCGAGAUUAACUUUCACAAGAAUCCCCAGCUGCAAUAUGUGGGCACGCAAUUGUGGUCGCCACCUGAGAUAAUGGACGAGGUUGAGAUUAUUGAUAGUAAAGCGGAUAUCUUUAGCUUUGGCCUGAUCAUCUAUGAGACACUGGCUCUGGUGCCGCCGCACACCCUUGAGCUGGACGCCGCCUUCCAUAGCAGCUCCAUCAUUGAUUUGGACAACUCACAGGAGCAGCGCAGGCAAUUAAACUAUACGGAUGAAGGAAAUAUGAGCGUCGUUGACGUAGACAGUAGCGUUAAGGAUGUUAACGCUGCGGGCGAUGCUGUUGUGGACGACGAUGAGGAUGAUACCAAAGAGAAUGACAUUUCCGACUAUUCGCUCAGUCAUGUGGAGCAAGCAUAUGGCACGCGGCCACCGUUGCCAGUAGCAUUUCAGCUGAGCGACGACUACAACUGUGUCGUCGAGCUGUUCUAUUUGUGCACCAAUGCCCACAGCGAGGAUCGACCAGCAGCACGAACCAUUUGGCAGUGCUUCGAGAACAAUGCGGCCAAUGUGACCGCAGCCAGUGAUCCAGCCAGCGAUUAAAAUCUUAUUUUUGUUUUAUAUCAUUUUCAUCUGGCUGCCAAUUAGCAAACUCUAAAUGUUAACUAUUAAAAAACAUAGUUUUAUAAGCACUCUAACUGUAACUCUCUCUCUCUCUCUCUCUCUCUCUCUCUCUCACUCUCUCUCUCCCUCUAUCUCUCUAUGUGUUCCGGUCUAUAGAGCUGAAUCUUUUCAUCUCGCCAACUCUGUCCCUCUCAAGUUGUCCCUCUAUCUAUAUAUCUAGAUGUAUAAUCAUUGCCUUUCUCGCUGGCUCGCCAAAAGCAGAGCAAAAUGUUAACAAUCAAAAAAACUUAGUUUUGUAAGCGCUUUGUUCUGUAUGUAACUAUUUUGCUUUCUUAUUCCCUCUCUGUUUCUGUCGAGCUGCCUGACUAUUCCUCUUUCUCUUAUAACCCGUCUAACUGUUGGCUUCCUCUACGUUUGAAUCCCUGCCCCCUCAACCCCUUUUCGUAUACAAAACAAAAUGAUAACUAUAAAGCUAAAAACUUGGUUUUGUAAGCGCGUCACCCAUGUAUGUAACUCCUCUUCCCUUCUCUUUCCCCUUCCUCCACCCACUUGCUGUAAAAAUAAUGCAUAAACUGCAAAACAUUAUUGACAAUGGCCAAAACAAAAAGAAAAUAACCUGAAUCUGUAUUUACACACAUUUCAGUUUAGAUUUUAAGAGUCAACAGAUACAAAUAUUCCAUGUAUUCCAUUUACGCUAUACGAAAAAUAGCAAAAAAAAAAAACAAACAAACAAACAAAAAAAGAAGAGAAUUAAAAUAAACCAACGCUCGUUCAUUUUUGUCCAUAA